AUGGCGGCCCAAAAUUUAGCUACCGACCAUAAAAUCCAAUGUGAGAUUUCUUGUCUUUUCCUCUUUGGUAAACAGAAGCCUGGGUGUUCUCCUGCCCUUUCUUCAUUUAAGGCCCCUGCGCGCUAAAGAGGCUACACCAAACACAGCGAGCGGGGGAAGAGAUCAGAGAUGGAGGUUGUCGUGUCGGCGCCGGAUUUCCAUUUGGACAGCGCUUGCACCACGCCGUACGUGAGCGCGCCGUCGAGCCCCAAACACCACUCCGGCAAACCGUUCGACUUCUUCCGCCACUACACCAGCGCUCCCGCCAGCCCCACCCGCGCCUCCCUCCUCUACGCACACUUCGACGCCGUCGCCUCCACCCGUUCCCCUCCUCCUCCUCCCGCCUCGUCAGGCGUGCCCUUCCACUGGGAGGAGAAGCCUGGCACCCCCAAGUCCUGCGAAGCAAAGGAAGACGGAGAAUUCGCCUUUGAUGGCGCCUACGAGUUCUCCUUCGACUUCAGCGGACACCUUGACAAAGACGACCUGCCGGCACUGACCGCCGCCGACGAGCUCUUCGAGGAAGGAAAGAUUCGACCGCUGAAGCUCCCUCCCCGCUUGCGCCUCCAGGCGUCCACGGACGACGGGAGCAGCAGGGCCUCCUCCCCGUCCUCCUCGAGGGGUCUGUGGUCGCCCCGUCACCGGGGCAGAGUGGAGGCGCAGGAAGAGUGCGACCCCUUUGCCGCCGCGAUGGUGGAAGCUACAAGAGAGCGAGGGAGGGAGAGGGAGAAGGCGCCACCACCCGAUUCCCUCCCCCCUUCGUCUUUCUCAAGGAGUCGCAAGGGGUCGAGAUCGCUCUCUCCGCUUAGAGGAGUAGGGAGGUUCUUCAAGUCGACGAUGACUCCCAAUUCCCCUUCCUCCGACGCUCCGGCGGCUCCGCUAAAGAACGGAAACGGAAGCAAGAAGUGGCGGUUGAAGGACUUGCUCCUGUUCCGCAGCGCGUCCGAGGGUCGCGCCACCGGGAACCGGAGCAAGGACCCGCUGCGCAAGUACACUCUGUUGCCGUCGCUGAACAACAGAGUCGAGUACUCGGAGAAGCUGGACUCGAAGAAUUCGAGCUUCCGGUCGUCGACGGACGGCAGCGGGUCGAUUAGGACGGCGAGCUCGUUUUCACACCAGAUGCACUACUCGACCAACCGGCCGGCGGCGGAGGAGCACAGGAGGAAGACGGCGCUGCCGUACCGCCAGAGCUUCUUCGGCUGCCUGCGCUUCAACCCGGCCUUGCUCAGCAUUACGAAGGGGUUCGCCCGCCAGUGACGACUUCCAUCAACCCAAAUCGCAACUCUACCCCACAACAAGAAAUUGGCAAGUCCCCAUUGAUCGAAUGUAGUGUGAUCAUGCACCGUAAGGCUUUGACUUCCAGUCGAAUCUGAUCUCAAUCCUCGUAAACUAUGAAAUCAAUGAAAAAAUAUGUCUGUCCGUUCGACCUCAA